AUGCAUUUCUCUCUAAAUCUCUUCGCGGUUUCGGCUCUCAUCUCCUCUGUCAUCGGCUCAGCCUUACCCGUCGCCUACUCCGGCGCUCUCGAGUCCACCAACGACAUCUCCGCCCGCGCCUCCAACUGCACAACCUACUGCUCCGUCUCGGCCGGCUGCGUGUGCACCGUGCGGCCCUCCGACUGCACGGCCUUCUACACGGUCCAACCUGACGACACCUGCGUGACCAUCGCCAAAUCCUACUCCAACUUCACCGUGACGCAAUUCUACAAAUGGAACCCCUCCAUCGGACAGACCUGCUUCGGUCUCCAAGCCUACGUCCCCGUGUGCAUCAACACGCCGUGGUAUCACUUCACUCCUCCCGUUCAGCCCGAUUAUGGAACCCAUUACGCGCCUUCCCAGACUCCGGUCCCGGUGAUGCCGAACAUCGUCUCGUCGUGCGAGGACUUUGAACUCGUGGCUCCGGGACACCGCGUCGAUGAGCUUGCGGCCGAGAAUGGCUUCCCGGUGGAGAAAUUCCAGGAGUGGAAUGGAAACUCAACGACCGCGUGGGAGGGCUAUUGGGUUUGUGUCAAGGCUCCGGAUUCUGCGACUUCGGCGUAGGAGGUAGAUGACCUUGGUCAUUGCCGCUCCGAGAUGGACCCUUUUCGAUCGAAGAUUCUUGAACGUCCUGCGGAGUUGUUUGAUGAUUGAGCCCAAUGGGUCCGAGGAGUCUCACUUUUGCAGAUGGAAGCGACGUGUGCAGAUGACGGGAUGAUAGGACUGGAUUUAUAUUGAGGAAUUUUUACGAAUGAAAUACGAAGCUACUUUUGUCUUCAAAAUAACCCAUGCCUGCUCCACUGACAUUUGAACCGCUUCGUUCGUUUCGAUCGGAAGUAAUUCAGGGGUGGUCUGUACUAGGAGACGAAUCCGACUGGCUCUGGUCCAUCUUCGUUCUUGAGCCUCAAUAUAAUUAGGCUAUUCCUGUGCUUUGCAAAUAUGAUCCGUAUAAUUAGUGUUCAUCGUUGAGCGCACUGAAAGAU